AAGAAUUGAAGUGCGCAAAAGUAUUAUGUAGUGACCGAUGCCUUGUGUUCAGCAGUUUUCCAAUGCGUUCUCCGACAGAAAGAGGUUGCAACUACGUGAGUCUAAUCGACACCUGGAACAACAGUCAAAAUUUAUAAAUAUAACGUGGACUCUUGGGUGGACUCCUUUCACAUUUUUAUAGAAGGCGUAUUUCAAGCGGAUUUGUGGAUUGCUUCAGACUCCUUGACGUCUGUUCUUCCCCAGAGAAGUCAUGCAGGCGCGCUAUUCUGUCUCCAGUCCCAACUCGCUGGGAGUUGUGCCUUACAUCAGUAGCGACCAAAGUUAUUACCGGGCCGCCGCCGGAGGUGGAUACACCGGGAUGCCAGCUCCCAUGAGCAUGUACUCUCACGCGGCACAUGACCAGUAUCCUGCCAGCAUGGCGAGGGCGUAUGGACCUUAUACGCCGCAGCCUCAGCCCAAGGACAUGGUAAAACCGCCCUACAGUUACAUUGCGCUCAUCACUAUGGCCAUCCAAAACUCACCGGACAAGAAGGUGACCCUUAACGGUAUUUACCAAUUUAUAAUGGAGCGUUUUCCCUUUUACAGGGAUAACAAGCAAGGCUGGCAGAAUAGUAUUCGACACAAUCUGUCACUGAACGAGUGCUUUGUCAAAGUGCCCCGUGAUGACAAAAAACCUGGUAAAGGUAGCUAUUGGACCCUCGACCCGGACUCAUAUAAUAUGUUUGAAAACGGCAGCUUUUUGAGGCGACGACGGCGUUUCAAAAAGAAGGACGCCUUAAAAGAUAAGGAUGAUCGACAAAUCAAGGAAGCGCCGUCGCGCCAGCAGCAAGGCCGCGACCAAGAGCAGUCUGUGCAGGGGUCGCAGCCAGUGCGCAUUCAGGACAUUAAAACCGAGAACGGCACAUCCACGCCACCGCAGGCCGUGUCUCCCACUCUAAGCACUGUUCCCAAGAUAGAGAGCCCUGACAGCAGCAGCAUGUCGAGCGGCAGCCCGCACAGCAUCCCGUCCACCCGCUCUAUCAGCUUGGACAGCACCGGAGAACAGCAGCAGCAUCACCACCACCACGGCCAGGCCACUGCGCAGGGCUUUAGCGUUGAUAACAUUAUGACUUCUCUCCGGGGCUCGCCCCAGAGUUCCGGCGAAAUUACUCCAUCUCUCGUGGCAUCUUCACGGACAGGUAUAACUCCCACAUUGUCCCUAAACUAUUCUCCAAACCACACGUCGGUUUAUAGUUCGCCAUGUACGCAAAACUCUAUCUCUACUACCUCCAACACCACCUACCAUUGCAAUAUGCAGGCCAUGAGCUUGUACGCAGGAGAUCGUUCAGGCCACUUGGCAACCACUACUUCUGUGGAUGAAACUUUGCCCGAUUACUCCAUCACGACCACCACGUCGUCCUUGAGCCACGGGAAUCUCAGUUCGACCCAGGAGGGUCACCAUCCGCACCAAGGGCGCCUCGCCUCAUGGUACCUGAACCAGCCCGGAGACAUUGGCCAUCUAGGUGCGACAUAUCCCGCACAACAGCAGAACUUUCACUCGGUUCGAGAAAUGUUUGAAUCCCAGAGAAUCGGUUUGAAUAAUUCGCCAGUGAACGGGAAUAACAGCUGUCAAAUGUCGUUCCCCCCAAGUCAGCCCAUAUACCGCACGUCGGGGGCUUUUGUGUAUGACUGCAGCAAGUUUUGACCAAAAAAGUAUUUCGUUUUUCUUGUUGUUGAUUUUUCUAUUUUUCCCUAUUUUCAUCGAUACCGAGACCUUGAUAAUUACCUACUACCCCAGUGAUGGACUGAAAAGAAACAGAAAUGAAACGCGAGUCAGACACACUUGAUGUUGGUUUGUUAAGGACAGUGUUACUUCGAAUAACACGUAAGUCUUCUUCGUUUCUGUGAGCUAUAUGCUGGGCUGUGUUGAAAUGCGUCUGACGUUUAUGGACUUGUUAUUACGUGUAAAUUGCAUAUAGUAGCUAAUUUAUUUCUAAAGUGUAGACGAAUAUUAUGGACCAAACACAAAAAAAGUGUUUCUAAAUUGAACUGCAUUAUUUGUCCAAAAAUGUUCCAUUAUAACAAGGAACGGAACAUGUAUAACGCUAUAUUCUUUCAAAUUUUCUCCUUUUGUUGGAAAAGUGUUAUGAAGGAACAUUGCAUUGUUUGUUUAAUAAAUUGCCAUGCUAUUUGAG